AACCUCUACCUCGGUCAAGUGAGCCAUGACAUAUGAGCUCUUAUUGUGAGCACACAGGACGGUGGCAUCUUUCUAAGGUUUUUUUUAUUUUCCCAGCAAUCAGUACAACCAAGUCAUCGUUAUAAGGCAUCGCCCUCUUUUGCCCACCCCCCCAGCACCAGGUGUGGCCACUAGCCUAUAUGAAGGCCCAAAAUUGUGUGUUCCUUUCUGCUCUGACAAUGGCAUGCCCAUUCGUGCGAGAUGUGGUGGAUGAAGAAGCACUUGUGCUGAGGAGAGCCUUCAGGCGAGAAAGGGUCUUCAGGGACCGGUUGGACCCACUGGCCUUCCCUGAUGACCAUCUAUAUGAAAGAUACAGGUUUUCUGCAGAUGGCAUCAGGUAUCUAUGCAGACUACUGGGUCCCAGGAUUAAGCACCGCACUGCACGGAGCCAUGCACUGAGUGUGGAGCAAAUGGUUUGUGUGGCCUUGCGCUUUUUGCUAGUGGAGCCUUCCUGUACUCAGUGGGGGAUGCAGAACAGCUGAACAAGGCCACAAUUUGCCGCACAAUAAGGAGUGUGUGUCUGGCUAUCAAAGCAUUAGCAGAUGUCUUCAUCUCCUUCCCUGGCCACAGAAGACUCUGUGACAUCAAAGAGGAGUUCUAUAGGAUUGCAGAUGGUCUGCAAUGCUGACUGUGUGAUCAGCAAUGUUGUGGCAAAAUGGCCUGGCUCAGUCCAUGACUCCAGAAUCUUUCGGGCCUCUGAAAUCUAUCAGUGCCUAUCACAAGGUGAAUUCUCUGGUGUGUUGCUGGGAGACAGGGGGUAUGGCUGCCAGCCUUUUCUCCUGACACCUUUCACAGACCCCCAGGAAGCACAGCAGGCCUACAACCAUGCCCAUGCCAGGACCAGGGCCAGAGUUGAAAUGACCUUUGGCCUCCUGAAGGCACGCUUUCACUGCCUUCACAAAUUAAGGGUCAGCCCUGUUAGGGCAUGUGAUAUUACUGUGGCUUGUGCUGUCCUCCACAAUGUGGCCUGCCUGAGGAAGGAGAGGGCCCCCAGAGUGCCACCAGCCAUGGACUGGGACAAUCCGGCAAUCUUCCCUGAUGACGACAGUGGUCGGCUGCUGAGGGACCAAUAUGUGUUGAAUUAUUUUAGUUAGUAUGUGUGCUUUCAAUUUUGGUUAAAUAUGUCCUGCGGUGGCAGAGGAAUUUGGGUUUUUUUGGGUUCGUUUUUUGACGAAUUUGGCCUCUUAUGAUGUUUGUGCGGUAUACUGUGUGUAAUACAAGGCUGCAGGGAGGCUACUGCAUCCAUUCAUUUGUCUGUUCAGUUGAUGUGUAUGGAUUUGUCCUGCAUUUAUUUUAGUGUGCAGACAUGCAGGGUGUGUUAUAUACAGACCUUUGAAUGUGUAUGUAUCAUUUUGUAUAAUAUGCUUGGAUUCUGUGCUUUCCAUCUUGUAGAGUCACUGUGACUUCAGUUUCGAAAGGAGCUGAUGGUUUACCUGCUUUGUUUUGUCCUUAUUCAAUAAAGGAACAUAAUGUUACACAUUGUGUUUUUAUAUUCAUA